UCUCUAUUUCUCCUUCUGCAAAGUCCAAACAGAACACAGCGUCAGAUCAGACUCAGACAGGAGAAGUUGAUAAGAACAAACAACGAAACCGUUUCUAUUUUCUUCACUCCUUCUUCCUCUCUCCACUCUCACUCGCGCAAUCUCAAUCCUCGUUCCGUUGUUUACUUCUCGUGCGCAUUGCAUUGCAUUGCUUUCUUUCACAAAACGACGACGACGCCACCACGCACCGUUUCGUUUUCCCUUCACUUUCCGUCGUUUGCUUCGGCAAAUAGCAUAUCGCAUGGGAAACGCUAACGGCAGAGAAGACGGAUCCAUUACCGCCACCGCCGAUCCCCCCGUCGCCGAAACCGUCGUAGCUGUAGCUCACGCGCCGGAUUCCCAUCCUCCUGUUCGCGCCUUCUCCUCCGAUUCAAUGGCCAAUAGUCCGCCUCAAAGUCCUCGCCGCUCUAGAUCGCCGAUCCUCUUCGGUCCUCAGGUUCCUCUAGCUCCAUUACAAAGAGGUAACGGCCCUCCUUUUCUCAAUCAAAUGUGGCAGAAUGAGCCUCAUGGUAUCGUCAAUCAACCUCCUGAGCACGGGAUCCCUGUCAUGAUUACAUGGAACUACGGUGGUAAUAACGUAGCUGUUGAGGGAUCCUGGGAUAACUGGACCUCUAGAAAGGCACUGCAGCGAGCUGGCAAGGAUCACUCAAUCUUAUUAGUCCUUACACCAGGAAUAUAUCAUUACAGGUUCAUUGUUGAUGGUGAAGAGAGAUUUAUUCCUGACCUUCCUAAUGUAACUGACGAGAUGGGACAUGUCUGCAAUCUUCUUGAUGUUAAUGAUUAUGUGCCAGAAAACCCUGAUGGCGUGUCUGAGUUUGAAGCACCACCUUCCCCCGAAUCCAGUUAUGGUCAAGCAUUUCCAGCUGAAGAGGACUUUGCAAAGGAGCCAAUGUCUGUUCCUUCGCAACUGCAUCUUACUGUCCUAGGUAUGGAGAACUCUGAUGUAGGUUCCUCUUCCAAGCCCCAACAUGUAGUGCUAAAUCACGUCUUCAUAGAGAAAAAUUUGGCCUCAAAGUCUGUUGUUGCCCUUGGACUGACUCACAGAUUCCAGUCCAAAUAUGUGACAGUUGUCCUUUACAAACCACUCAAGAGGUAAAUAUGUGACGCUUGUCAAUUAUAUAAAACUUUUUGUUUUUUUGGUAGCCUCAGUCUGUAAAGAUAAAUUUUUUAAAUAAUAGUCCUGACAGGCGGUAUAUGAAAGUCCUGUGUCUAUAGAUACGCUCGAGACUUCUGUUCGGAUUUAUAAAUUUAACCUUUUGUUUUUUUCA